GUUAAUUUUGAAGAAAGUAACCCAACCUUCUAUUCCCUCCAAGCUAUAAGCAAGAUUGAAUAAAUUAUAAUUAAACCCUCGGAGCAAAUAUACAUACCUAACGAAAUAUGGAUGAGAACAUUCCAGCAGCGUUUUUGUGCAGUCUCAUAGGUCGCAACGUGCAUAUUAAAAGCAAGUGGGGGCCAAUCUAUUCGGGUACACUUGUAAGCUGUGAUCCGUACAUGAACUUGCAGCUAUCCGACGCUGUGGAGUCGGCGAAGGAAGAAACCAGUCUUGGGGAAAUGUUGCUCCGGCACAAUAAUAUACUCUAUAUAAGGGAAGCCCCUAAGGUAUAAUAGAAGUGAUAAAAAAAGCCUGUGGGCAACGUCUUACUCGUGUUCUCUUGACCACUUCGGUUUGCUUGUUUUGAUCGGUUUCGAUACAACAUGGACGUAAUGUAAGACCGUAUUAAUUUUUUGACUGUUAUCACAGCCCCCCCUCUCUCGUUUUCUCCACCAUCACUGUGUGGUGAAGGAAUAAUGGGAUUCUGCUUUCAGAU